CGGAACGAAGGCUGACGUCAGUAACUUGAUUAUUUUUUGUACUAUGAUUGAACAGUGAUCUGUGCUAUCGUAAUAUUUAAAAUUUGUACACAAACAAAGUUGUGCUAGAGGCUGUGUGAUAGACACGCGUAAAUUAAAAAUGUCGUCGUUUCCCGAAAUUAAAAAUGCGGAAAGCGAAAAUACCGAAGUUUCUUCCAGUUUCAUAAGUGAAUUACUAAGUCCGGUGAACUUGCUCUUGACUGUUAUCAUUAUUGUAUUAGUGUAUAAAAUAUUUAGGAGCAAGUUUGGUAAAUUAUCUGCAGAGGCGCCGAUGCCCGAGUUGCCUAAAAUUCGAAAAGACAUGACUGUUGCCGAAUUACGUCAAUAUGAUGGGACUCAACCCGAUGGUAGAGUUUUAGUAGCAGUAAAUGGAUGGAUUUUUGAUGCCACGCGGGGACGCCGCUUCUAUGGACCCGGUGGACCUUAUGCAGCAUUUGGUGGUAAAGAUGCAUCUCGAGGUUUGGCCACAUUUUCAGUCACAUCAUCAGAUAAGGAAUAUGACGACUUAAGUGAUCUCAACUCAAUGGAAAUGGAAUCUGUCAAAGAAUGGGAGGCGCAGUUCAGAGAAAAGUACGACCUCGUCGGGCGGUUGCUGAAGCCGGGCGAGGAACCCGCGAACUAUUCAGACGAAGAAACGGAAGACACUGAACUAUCGACAAACAACCCCGAACAGAAAAAGGAACAAUAAACUGCAUACUUGACGAAAAUCAUUCAUCACAUUGACCGAUGGGUCAAAAAGUUAGGUCGAUCGAUAUGUAAAUCGCUUUUUUAUCAUUUUUGAGCACCAUAAUCCUUUUGUCCCGCUUUAUCAUUGUUUAACAAACUAUAUUUAUUAAAUCUUACCCACUCACUUCAAUUUCCGUGCUCAUAGAUUGUAAAAUAUCCUAACUUUUUGAUUUAUCGUUCAAAUAACAGAACGCUUAAUAAUUCUACUAAUGGUUACUGAGGACUCAAGUUGCGCACAAAUUUUUUGUUCAUGAUAAACUGAAAUUUUAGCAAAAAAAAUUAAUUGGCCACCAAGUAAAAAAAUCGCAAACUGUCGACAUUUCUCACCGAGACUUCAGUUCAAAACAACUAUAAUUAGUAGUCAUUAAAUCGGUUACGAAUAUUGUGUGAUUGCUAACUGCCACUAAUUAUAAGUGUGGGAGAUUUUUUCACAAUGAUUUUUUCUCGAGGUUUAAAUAUUAAGCCGUAUUUAUAUCGCAUAAGGUCGACAAGUAAGAUAUUAUGAUAAAUGCGAAACAAUAUAAAUCUGUAAGUGUUAUGUAACCUCAGGCCUCAGUGACCAACGCAGGCUCGUCGGCUUCGCGCUACAUAACUCGAGACCUACUUAUCUUAUUCUGGAACUGUUGCUUUUUACAUAUUUUUGAAGGUUAUAUGUAGUUUAUAUUGUUGUAUAUUUACAGUUUUGUGAAUCGAAAGACUGAGUGAUGGCGAAAUAAAGUUGAUAACGUUAAGGGACAUUAGCCUAACACAUUCCCCCGAUCCCUUGUUAUGAAAUUGCGUUUCAACUUUUAUUGUUCUGGAUCGAGAAGUGGGAUUUGGAUUGUUUUGAUGAAGUGAAUCGCUUUAAUCGAAUAAAAUCGCUAGCUUAUAAUUUCUAGCUAUUAAUAUUAAAAAUAUAUAGAAUAUCAAAUGUGUAUUUAUAUGUUUUCAAUGUCCAAAGCAAACCGAUUUCUCGAUCUAGAACAUAGCCACAAUGUUUUGUUAUAUUAUUAUGUGCAUUUAUUGCGAAUUUUAGGUUUAUUUAUUGGAUCAAAAUUGUCUUUAUUUCGAAAUUCAUACAUUUGACUUUACCUUAUUCGUUUCUCCUUGACCUUUGGUACUUAAAUAUGGUAACAUUGAAAUCAAGUGUUGCAAACUUAAAAAUGAAAUGUGCAUAAUAAAGUUUAAUGUAUAAUGUUUGUAAUUAUAAUAAAUUUUGAAUAAAGCAUGUUGCCAAUAGUGUGUUAUGUUAUUUUGAUAUUGUUUUAAUAGUUGAUAAUAUGUUUUUGGCUAUUAAUUUUAUAUGUGAACAUUAUAUGAACACAAUUAUGUUUAGAUAAAAGAGUGAGUGCCGUCAUCUGGCCUGGAAAAAAAUAUAUUUAGACACAUUAAAAAACAGAUAACUAUAUUUUGUCGUGUGUCUGUGUGUAUUUUUUUUACUAUUCAACAUAAUUUAUCCAACAAUAGGACGCCGCUCUUUUCAUUUUUUUAACUAUGGAGACAAUUAAAUUAAUGUAAUCAUAAGUUCGCUGUAGCACUCUAUUAACUGUUAUAUUUAUUAAUUUGCCUUUUUUGUGACUAAAUUAGUUUAAAGUGCGUUAAUUUAUGAAUUGGUUGAGGUUUGUUAUCGUAAGUGUGGGAUAAGCUUUCGAAGAUUAGGCGCAAUUCAUCAUAAUGCUUAAAUUUAUUUGUGACUUUCCAUUUCGCCUAUUUUAUUGUAAAAUUAUAUAAAAAAUCAAAACUAUCAAAUUACAUAAAUGUUGCCUAAACAUCGCUUAUUGUUGAGAUGUUAAAUGGUGUGAAUGUAAUGCUAUUGAAUGUUAACAAAUGAAUUAAAUAUAUGUAAUGUUUAUUUUAACAUUGUCACAAAAAUAUAGUGUCUUUUUCA